UUGUAUUUUCUGGACGCGGAUUGGUAUCAAAGGACAGCUGCCCUUAGUGACUUCAAAAACGUGAAGAAGAUCUAUGGUCCUUUGCAUUUUGCGGAAACAAAAGGCCUAGGGAAUGUGAAAUGCUUUGAAAACUUGGAAGAAAUACGAUCGGAAGGUGCGGCAUUUAUACUGCUCAACAAUGUUGGCCUUCAAUCGCUGAAACUCACUUCGCUUCGAUUGGUCGAAAAUCCAAAACCUGCCAAAACGGUUCUGCUGCACGCUAACGCUGAUUUCGAUACGUCAGGUUUCAUCGACAAAAUGAAAGCGCUGAACGUGCUUGAUGAGGACAUCAUCAAUACAACUAAUGCAGGCAGGAUAUUUGGUUGCUGUAGA